GUUCAUUAUCUAUGAUAAAGCUUAAUUCUAUACUUAAUUCAUAAAGUCCUGAUAAAACUGGGAUAUUAGAAAAAACAGUUUAAUGACAAAUUUACAAAAACAAUAAUUUGUUGUGGAAGAAAUGGAGUUGGAAGACGAUAUGGUGGAAGAAGGCGAGCUAACAGAUGAUUCUGACGACUGCUAUAAACCUUUGCAAAGGCCUGUAGAUUAUUCGAAGAACCUAGUAAAUCCACGAUUACCGAUUGAAUUAGAACAGGAUUCCGACGAAGAAUCAGUAUCAUCUAUUUCAUCAGAUAGUGAUACUGGACAAAGAAAAAGUAAAAGACCAAAACUUAAGCCUCUUAGAAGAAGAGAAGAAAAUAAACACAAAAAAAAGUAUGAUAUUUGGAGCAGUAGAGCGCAAGAAGAUUUAUUAUCUGAAACAUUAACAUCAUGUGAUGUUAGUAAUGUAGAUCGAUCAAGAACUGUAGAAACAUAUGAUUAUACUCUUGGAGAGAAAUUGUAUGGUAGAUCAGAUUCAGAAAGAGUUAGUAACAAACGAACUCAUAAUGAUAGAAAAAAUCCAAACCUUAAGUUAUAUAAAGACAAAAAGAAUUGUAACAAAGAUGACAAGAAAAUCAAAGGUACUUCAAGAACAAUUUUUGAUUUAAAAUGCACAAGUGAAAACACAGCAGAAGAAAUUGCUAAGGAAUUGGCUAAUAAGUUGUAUGAAGAAAAAGAAGACUUAUUAGUAAAAAUUGUAGAAGUAAUUGGCAAAGAAAAAGUAUUUAAAAUUUUUAAAGAAACCAAGAGAAUUGAAGAAGAUGGGGGAAUGUUAAUAAUGAACCAAACUCGAAGGAGAACUCCAGGUGGUGUAUUUCUUUUCCUUGUAAAGCAUGAUUCUGAUUUAGAAGAAGAACAACUUGCCAAAAUAUUCGAAGAUGAAAAACAAAAAUUUAAGCAUGCCCAGAAAAUGAGGAAAAAGGUUCAUAGAGACAAACUAAAGGCAAAGAUAGCAAAAGCAAAACAGGAUUCUACUAGUUUACCUGAACUUUUAUCAAGAGGAGAAUUGUGUGUAGAAAAAAAUAUAAACAGAACUCGAAGAGAAAGUGAUGAAACUUUUGUAAAAAAUCCACCUCCUUCUCCAGUAACUGAUAUACAUGAAAAUAAUGAGGAGAUAUCCUCAAUAAAUAAUAUGCAAAAUGUUACUGCUGAAAUUAACAGAAGACUCACCAAUUAUGAGGAUGAAUUUCUUGAUUUGGGUUGUGAAAAUAACAUGGAUCUUUUUUGAAAAGUAAUGUUUGUUUUUGCGUUUUUAUAACAUGUUACAUUUUAUUAUCAAUAGUAUGAUAGUAUUAGAGGCAAAGUUUUGAUUAAGUUUAUUUUGU